AUGGGUUCUUGCAUUAGCAAAUGUAGAUCAAAGAAAAAAUUCAAAGAAGAUCGUAACCUAGUUCAUGAUAAACUUGUUAUUUCACAGGCUCAAGUUUCUGUUAUUAAUCCUCAAAUAACUGAUAGACCUGUUUCUCCAGCCCCAUCUUCUGUUUCCUCAGUUUCUUUUUCGUCGUUUUCUUGCUCGAAUGGUGGCCCGAGCAAUGGAUGUUCUAUGGCAUCGUCGUUAUCUUCUACUUCUUCGUCUUCUUCUUCUACGGCCUUGUGCACGAAGGACAGAUCAUUUUCGAAUGAGUUCUUGUGGUCUUGUAUGAAGGAGAAUCCACAUGUAAUAGGCUUAAAUCAAACCAGGAAAAGUCUCGAAAAAACAGCAGUGUAUUCAAGAGUUCAGCCUCAGAGUAAUUUCGAGCACUCGGUAAAACCGGUUGUGGAACCAGUACUCAAAAAAUCCAUCGUCCAAGAAAACUUUUCAAACGAGAUGGUUCAACAAGCGACACCCAAGAAAAGACCCCGGCCUUCUUCCCCGACCAUCAUUCGACAAAAAAGCUUCCGAAAAGAGCAGAAUUCUGCAAUUUCAAACUCUAAUAGAGGACUAAUGAGGUCACCCUCUCCAAGCAGAAGAUUUAGUGGGGAUAACUUGCCCAGGACUACUCCAACAAAUGUAUCAAAAAACAGUUCUUGUAGGAAUUCAUCUACAAUUUCGAGGGCAAAUACAAAUAUUUCUUCAUCAUCUGGUAGGAAAAGAGAAAAUUCCCGGCCUCAAACUGCAAGUCCAAGUCAUGAUUUAACCAGGAGAAAUAAAGAAGUAGUGAGCAAAAGGGAUGUUAUUAACCAACAGAUUAGUGCAAAAAUUGAUGAUAUUUCCGCUGGAGAAGUUCAGUGCAAUCAAGGAAUGGACAUGGAUCUUGUCUUGGAGGACAUCAACAAUCCUCUUAUAGCUUUGGAUUGUUUCAUUUUUUUGUGA